GGGGCUCUGUCUCUCUCGGCUAAUCGCGGGGCAUUGUGGGAGCGGAGGCGGCCUUUUCUCUGCGUACAGGCGGUCGGGAGAUCUUCAAGUAAAUAACGUUUAACGGGGGGAGGAGCAGUCCUUAGUGCAGCCUGCGACAAAACAACACAUUAGAACUGUGUUGCGCUGAGCUUUCACUAUUAAAAAGCGUAUUAUUACACAAAUAUGGGACAGGAGGAUCUCAUGAACACAGCCGAAGACGUGGCGGACCAGUUCCUGAGGAUAACCAAACAGUAUCUGCCCCACCUGGCGCGCCUGUGUCUCAUCAGCACCUUCCUGGAAGAUGGCAUCCGCAUGUGGUUCCAGUGGAACGAGCAGAGGGACUACAUCGAGGUUACCUGGAGCUGUGGCUACUUCCUGGCCACCUUCUUUGUGCUGCUGAACCUCAUAGGACAGCUGGGUGGUUGUGUCCUCAUCCUUAGUAGAAAUUUUGUACAGUAUGCCUGCUUCGGACUAUUUGGCAUCAUAGCGCUACAGACUGUUGCAUACAGCAUUUUAUGGGACCUCAAAUUUUUGAUGAGAAACCUCGCCCUCGGAGGAGGUCUGCUGCUGCUGCUGGCCGAGUCUCGCUCGGAAGGGAAGAGCAUGUUUGCUGGAGUCCCCUCCAUGGGGGAGAGUUCGCCAAAGCAGUACAUGCAGCUGGGUGGUCGAGUACUGCUCGUGCUCAUGUUCAUGACUCUGCUGCACUUUGACUCCAACUUCUUCUCUAUCCUGCAGAACAUGGUUGGAACUGCACUCAUCAUCCUGGUGGCCAUAGGCUUCAAAACCAAGCUGGCGGCGUUGACCCUCGUCGUGUGGCUUCUGGCCAUCAACGUCUACUUCAACGCCUUCUGGACCGUCCCCGCCUACAAGCCCAUGCACGACUUCCUCAAGUACGACUUCUUCCAGACCACCUCGGUCAUCGGCGGUCUGCUGUUAGUGGUGGCGCUCGGACCUGGCGGAGUGUCCAUGGAUGAGAAAAAGAAAGAGUGGUAGGCCGAGGGGGGGUUAACGAUGAGAGGAUUGCGCAGCACCACUAACUUCCCCCACCGACUGGGACUCAAAGACCUUCCCUCCUCCAGUUCCUCCCACCAGGGUACACCGUUUGGUUUCUUUUCUAGUUUAUUUUUUAUUAAUCCACCCACACCACCUCACCCAUCUAUGGACUAUUUGUUUUUCUAUUUUACAUCAUACAUAAUGCCAGAUUUUUUUCCAUAUCAACAAGAAAGAAAGUCGUGUGUAUUUCAAAGUGCAAGAUAUACAAGUGAUGAUUAAAACAACAAAAGUUACUUUGUUCUGUGUGCAGAAGGGGUAGAAAUAACUUAUUGUAUUUUAUGGGUAUUAUGCCGUGAGUUAUAAUAGAUUAACGUUCAUAUUUUUUGAGUAAAUCCAACAGUCCCCGUCCCCCCCCCCAUGGAUGCUGGUCUUUUUUUGCCGUUGGAUCUUAGUGUCAGAGACUUGCUCUUUAUAUCGAACUUGGGCACUGAUUUGACAGCAACUCGCCUUGACUCUCCAGGUUUCAUCUCUCCUGUUUUCUGUCCUCUGACACUGUAGACUUUCAAAUGAUUUUACACCUUCAAUCUCAACUGACUCUUGUUCAUGGGGAGUUCAAUCGGGGGGGGGGGAGGAUAUGUUCAUUGUGUACAAAUUGGUGGGUUGCAGUCGUGCUUGAUCGACAGUUUCAACAGAAUUGUUCCAGGACUUGUUAUUUGGCAUUUUGUACUGUACGUCUGUAUGUGAUCGGGGGUAAUGAGGGUGGGAGGCUCAACGUUUAUGAAACACAGUAAUCUGCGAUCUAGAAAAGCAAAGAGGACUUAGCCGAGUCAAUAGAUAUCCGGACUUGCUCAGUGUUUUUUGCCCUGUGUAAGAAAUUAAAAAAAUAUUCAGUGUAUUGAUUUCAAAAGUUUAUAUUGUAUUUUUGAUCAUUUGUUUAUUGAUUUUGGAACGUCGUGGCGAGGAAAUAAA